UCUCUGUCGAAAGGACGACCUCCCUGCCCUCUUCCCUGCUGGAUUCUCUGCUCGUUGGUGCAUUCAAUUUUGCACCCACAAACCACACCAUGAACUUGCAAGAAGCUUUCCGGUACUGUUGGUGGCUUUCCUUUUUCUUAGCUGCUACAGCAGAAGGAAACUUGGAAACACCUUCUUUCAGGUCAGGAAUUGUCUAUCAGUACCGAUACUCACUAGAUAACCAAUUACGUUUCCUGUCGAGGCCAACUUUGCAAGGAAGCAAGCUCCAGGCAGAAGCUUUCGUUGAUGUGCAGCUCUUGUGGAGAAACACCAAUGAUGCAGGCGAGCAACUGCUACAACUCCAACUCCAUGACUUACGUGUCUAUCGUGAUUUGGAAAAGCAGCAGCAGACUAUUAGCAAUGACCAUUCUGUAAAAGGCUCACUGAAUGUUACUGAACUCCAGCAACCAGUUUUCCUCCACUGGAAUAAUGGGAAGGCUGAAGCUUUCUACGGAAACAAAGAAGAGGAUCCUUUAAUGUUGGAAUUAAAGCGAGGUCUUCUCAGCCUUCUCCAGUUUCAGACCCAUUCUGGAACAAUGACUGAGGAGGACAUUUCUGGGAGCUGUCAAGUUACCUAUGCUGUCUCUAAGGAUACUGUUUUGAAGACAAAAGACCUACAGAGCUGCAUAAGACCAAAAUUUGGAUACAGCACAGUUAACAAAAUUUUUGGACUCCUGUGGCAUCCCACAAGUAAAGGCCAUUAUGUUAUGGAAGGAAAUCUCAUAAAGUCAGCCUUGUCUGAGGAAAAUCAUAUAAUCUGUCAAAGCAUAAAGUCUUCUUCUGGAGUCAAUAUCACUUCCAGGCAACAUCUUGAAUUUCUGACUCAAAUGCCUGGAUCAAAAGAAUUAUCUGGAAAGAAUCUUCAGGAAAUACUGGAUUCGGUCCUGGGAAAACCUCAGCCCAUUAGCUUAACAAGCAAGCCUUCCAAAAGGAUCUGCAAUGAGUGCCCUACACUCAGAUCCUCCUUGAAAACAUUUGCCCAAAAGAAGAUCAAACUGGAUCCCUCAAAAGCAUCAACUACUUGGCAUUUUUCCAGAGUUGUGCAGAUGCUGCGUAGUGCCAAGAAGAAAGAUAUUCUUGUAUUACUGAAGAAAGCUCCAGAGAAUAUGUUACCCUUCUACAUUGAAGCUGCAGUAGCUGCCCACUCAAAACCUUCCUUAAUAGCCGUGGCUGAAUUUUUGGAUCUGCAGGGCAAAAAGCAAACAUCCUUGCUGGAAAACUUUCUGUAUGCUGCAGCUUUGUCUCCCCGGCCUUCCAGGGAGCUUUUGCGUCUGGUGCUCGAAAAACUAAACAGGAAAAACCUAAACAAAAACAUCUGGGAAACAGGAAACAUUAUCGUUGGCAGCCUUGUGGGCAAAUUGUGUCAGAUGAAUCUAUGUGAGCUGCAGGAUGUCAGGCUUGCAAAGGAAAACAUCUUGCAAAAACUUCAAAGCUCCAAGAAGGACUCUGAGAAGGUGAUGUACCUGUUGUCCCUGAAAAGUGCUCUGCUCCCAGAAUCCAUCCCCACCUUUCUGCAUUAUGCAGAGAAAGGCUCACCAGCGGUCUCAGCUGCAGCAGUGACAGCAUUAAAGAGAUAUGCUACACAACACAUCUCAAGCAUGGUUAAAACAGCAACGAGACGCAUUUUCCAUCAAGUUCAGAGAAACUACCCCAGGGCUUCAAGGCUGGCUGCUGCAGAAAUCCUCUUGGAUAAUGAUCCCUCACUGAUGGACUUCAUCAAUGUCCUGUUGGCUGCCAGACAACUUUCACCAGAAAUGCAAAGAUUUAUAUUGUCCAAAAUUCUAGGCAUUGUAUAUUCUCACCAUCAUCCAACCAGGCAGAUGAUCAAAGAUGUCUUGAAGGAUCCACGGAUAAACAAUUACUACUACUUCUCACUCCAAGCUGGCAGUUCCAUCUCCUUCUCAGGAUUAUUAGCAGUCACUGAAGAUGCAUUUUCUACUUUUGGCGUGGAACUCUUGUUCUCAAAUUUCGGUCUCCUUCAAAAGAGCACCACUAAUUUCAAUAUUGAAAGUCAUGGCCACCAGCUCCAAGCAGCUCAGGUGGUGGUUGAAGCAAAAGGGCUUGAAGGAUUGUUGGGCGGAGACCCAGCUGAGGGACAGCAGGAUUUCAAAGCUGGCAUGUCUGCCAUGUUGCUUGAUGUCCAGUUGCAGCCAGUGACCUUCUUUGAUGGAUAUUCAGAUCUAGUAUCAAAAGUCUUUAUGAGCUCAGAAGAGCCUAUAAAUGUGGUCAAAGGGAAUCUGCUGUUGGUGGAUCAUCAACAGGCAGUCCCACUUCAGUCUGGCUUGCAAGCUGUGAUUACUCUUCAAGUUGGACUUGGCUUAGAUAUUUCAGCUGAUGUCAACAUGAAUUUGUGGGACCAGGAACUCAUUACAAGUAUCAAAACAAGAGUUGCACUGACUUCUGAUUUCCAAACAGAAUUGGAUACUUCCUUCUUUCAAGCCACACUCAAAAGUCAGUCAGACAUAGAACUGGGCACGCACGUUGACAUUCAUGCAAGAUUUUCUUUAGGUCCUAUGCUCAUGUGUCUGCAGCUUGUAGAGGAUCAAGCUUCUUACAGGGAAACGUUCUUGGUCUCUGAAUCAUCUGCAGACUAUAGUACUCGUGUUCGCAAAAGGAGACAGAGUACAGUGUCUGGGCGUGAAUUUCCCUUCUACAGAGCCAACUCUGAAAUGUGUAAAGUCCUGCUUGCAGGGAAAAAAUUGUAAUAAAAGCAGUGUUGAUUUGUCGUA